GAGCUCGCGCGCGGGUCAUGUGACUUGAGAGUCAUGGCGGAGAGGAGCGCACAUCAGCGCACCGCAGCCGCGCUCCUCUGCACCGGGGCACUUCUCCUCUGCGCCACCACCGCGUCCGCGUUUCCUCUGAGCCCCGGAGAACAACUAAUACAACAAAUACAACAACAACAAGAACAACAAAAACAACUACUACAACAACAAGAACAUCUACUACAAGAAAUAGAACAACGACAACAACAAGAACGACAAAAACAACUACUGCAACAACAAGAACAACUACGACAAGAAAUAGAACAACAACAACGACAACAAGAACGACAGCGAGAACAACGACAACCACAACAACAACAACAACAACGGGACAAAUGCGGAUACGAGUCGUGUCACGUGACCAAACCGGGCCUGCUGAACGUGCACCUGGUCCCUCACACUCACGACGACGUGGGCUGGCUCAAGACCGUGGACCAGUACUUCUACGGAGACCGUAACGACAUCCAGCACGCCGGGGUGCAGUACAUCCUGGACUCUGUGGUGGAGCAGCUCCUGAAGAACCACGAGCGCCGCUUCAUCUACGUGGAGACGGCGUUUUUCUACCGAUGGUGGAAACGACAGAACCAGGACAUGAAGAACGACGUGAGGACACUCGUCAACCAAGGGCGUCUGGAGUUCGUGAACGGGGGCUGGGUCAUGAGUGACGAGGCGUCCACACACUACAGCUCUGUGAUCGAUCAGAUGACCCUGGGGCUGCGCUUCCUCAACCAGACGUUUGGGGAGUGUGGGCGUCCGCGUGUGGCCUGGCACAUCGACCCGUUCGGACACGCGCGCGAACACGCCUCCAUGUUCGCUCAGGUCAACACUUUUACUCAAACAACUAAGAAAAUGAAAAAAAAACAACAACAACUCUUUUUCUCUUUCUCUUUGUCUUUGUGUCCAGGGAUUCUUCCAAACGGGUAUAAUCCUCCGGAGGGUUUUUGUUGGGAUCAGUCCUGUGACGACGCUCCGAUCAGAGACGACCCGGAUCUGGAGGAUUAUAACGUGGACGACGUGGUCCAGCGCUUCCUCCACAUCGCAAAAGCUCAGGCGAACGUUUACAAGACGAACCACAUCGUCAUGACGAUGGGCUCAGACUUUCAGUAUGAAAACGCAAACCUGUGGUACAAGAACCUGGACAAACUGAUCGAUUACGUGAACGAGAGACAGAAGAACGGAAGCAACGUGAACCUGCUCUACUCCACCCCCUCCUGUUACCUCCAGGAACUGCACCGAGCCAACCGCACCUGGGCGUUAAAGACAGAUGAUUUCUUCCCGUACGCCGACGCCGCUCACGACUUCUGGACCGGAUACUUCAGCAGUCGCCCGGCGCUCAAACGCUACGAGAGGCGGAGCAACGGACUCCUGCAGACGUGUAACCAGCUGGAGGUGCUGGGGGGACCUGUGUCCAGGGACGGUCCGUUUGGGAAAGGAGAGACUCUCACCAUGAAAAAGUCUCUGGCCGUGGCUCAGCAUCACGACGCAGUGUCAGGGACGUCCAAACAACACGUCGCCAACGACUACGCACGAAGACUGGCCAACGGCUGGAACACCUGUCAGGUGGUGGUGAGUAACAGUCUCUCAGCUCUGAGUGGAUCUGCUGCUCCCAGAGUUUACUGUGACCUCCUGAACAUCAGCGUGUGCAGCUUCACCGAGUCCAGCCCCGAGUUCACGGUGACGGUGUUUAAUCCGCUCGGCCGCUCGCUGCUGUGGCCGGUCAGGCUCCCGGUGAACGGGAGCAGAUAUUCCGUCUCUGAUCCGGGCGGGAACCCCGUGGACAGUCAGGUGGCGCCGGUGUCCGACUCCACCCGCGACCUGAGGAGGGGGCGGGGCUUCGCCGUGAACGAGCUCGUGUUCGAGGUUCAGGCUCCGCCCCUCGGCUUCAGCUCCUACACGGUGUCCCAGAGCCAGGACCGGACCGGGAUCAAGACCGGACUGAACCGGAACCAGACCAGAGCCGAGACCAGAGCCAAGACCGGACUGAACCAGGGACCAGUGCAGAUAGAGAACAAGUUUGUCAGAGCGACCUUUGACCCGGACACUGGUCUGUUGUCUGGACUCAUGAACCUGGAGACCAAACAGAAAAUCGACCUGACCCAGAACUUCUACUGGUACAACGGGAGCGACGGGAACAACAGUGACAGUGAUCAGCCGUCAGGAGCCUACAUCUUCAGACCGAACUCCUCCACUCCGUUUGUCAUCAGCAAAACCGCCAAGAUUCAACUUAUACAGACGUCUGUGGUGCAGGAGGUGCGUCAGGUCUUCAGUUCGUGGGUGUCUCAGGUGGUUCGUCUGUACUCGGGCAGCAGAGCUCUGGAGCUGGAGUGGACCGUCGGCCCGGUGCCCGUCCAGGAUGAUCUGGGGAAGGAGGUGAUGACUCGACUCGACACAAACAUCAAAUCGGGAGGAGUUUUCUUCACCGACUCCAACGGACGCGAGCUGCUCAGGAGAAGGAAAGAUUUCCGCCCGACGUGGAAACUGAAACAGUCUGAGCCCAUCGCUGGAAACUAUUACCCCAUAAACUCCAGAGCCUUUAUCACCGACGAGGAGAAGCAGCUGACCGUGGUGACCGACCGAUCCCAGGGAGGCAGCAGCAUCCAGAACGGCUCCCUGGAAAUCAUGCUUCACCGGCGUCUGUUGUACGACGACGUCCGCGGGGUGGCGGAGCCGUUAAACGAGACGUCGGAGCUGUUUCCAGACGGUCUGGUGGUGCGCGGGACUCUGCUUCUGUCCCUGGACCCGCCCAAGAGCGCCGCGGACAAACACCGCCCCCUGGGGCAGGAGACGGUACUGCAGCCUCUGCUCUCCUUCACCAAAGGCAAACCGGAGCCCAGCGCCAAACUCACCUUCUCGGGCCUCCAGGCUGCGCUGCCCCCUGCUGUUCACCUGCUCACUCUGUCUCAGUGGGACUCGGACUCGGUGCUGCUGAGGCUGGAGCAUCAGUUCCAGACCCGGGAGAGUCGAACCAACUCAGAACCCGUCACCGUGAACCUGCAGAAGUUGUUUUCCACCCUGGAGGUUCUCGGCUUCUCUGAGCUCAACCUCUCGGCCAAUCAGUGGAAAGAAGACGUGAAGAGAUUUGACUGGACGCCAGAGACAGAAGAGGAGAAGUGGGAGCAGAAGUCGUCUGUGGAUCCUUCGUUUUGGGACGUGACUCUGAGGCCGAUGGAGAUCCGCACGUUCCUCCUCAGAGUCCGAGUCCGAGUCUGAGUCCAAGUCCGGGUCCGAGUCCGAGUCUGAGUCUGAGUCUGAACUUCUGUCACUGCGGCGAAACUCUGCACCAGCUCGUCUUAAAACGAAGAUUCUGCUGAACCUGUUUUUAAAUUUUUUUUUUUAAACUCCCCCCCCCGUGUUAAAACGUUCUCUCGUCAAAGCUCCUCGUGAAGGUUUCAGAUCACGAGUCUCCGACCUUUUUCCUGCUUUUUGUAAAACGAAAAACGCCGGAGCUGCUCAUUUUAACGAUCGACAGAAAUUUUGUAAAUAAAAAAGUCGCGGAAAAGCCGAAAAUGAAGCACAAAAUUCUACAUUUAUUAAAAAAACAAACAAAAAAAAAAGGCUAGAGACUCCCGUUUUAGAGUCAUCCGUGUGUGUUUGAGUCAUCUAGAGAUCUCUCCUGGGUCUCUCCUCUUCCAAACCCUGCUGUACGAGGCUCCGCCCACAAGCCCACGUCACGACAAUUCUCCAGAAAAAAAACAGAAACUCGACAAACCUGUUCUGUGUUUUCAACCGUCGCUUUAAAAUAUCGACGUAAAAGAUGAACGACGCGAAUCUGUGUGUCAUUUGUUCAGCUGUUUUUCAAAAUAAAACUAAAAAUGAGAAAAUGGAAAACAAAUUUU